ACCUCUUCAUCAACAAAAAAAGAUUUUUGACUCUUUGAUGAAGCAAAGACUAGUAAAGGAUGAUAUAUGGUGCCUAGUUAGCUGUCAUUGGUUUGAGAAGUGGACCAAGUUCAUUGAUAUUGCCCUUAAAGCUGGAACUGACGGCUGCAACAAGAGCUCUCAUCCCGGGCCUGUCACUAACUUCACUCUUAUAAAGUUUAUCAACUUUCAAGCACCAAAACUAAAAAAAGACUUGGCUGAAAACUUAGACUACAAGUUAAUCCCAGAGAUUGGCUGGGACCUCCUAAUACAGUGGUAUGGGAUAAGCGAAAAGUCAAUGAGACUAUCAAGAAAAGUUAUAAAGGUUCAAAAACAUGCAAUUGGAAAGCUUAUGAUUGAAGUAUAUCCAGUUACGGUACUGGUUCAACUCGUUUUUCCUGAGAGCCCAGAU